AUGGUGAAUCUGGAACCCUUGCACACAGCUAUCAAGAUGAGUGGGGAUGUAGCUGAUUCCACGGAUGCUCGAGGUACUCUCAGCCAGGUGGAGACAGGAAAUGACCGCAAUGGCCUAGAUUUCAACAGACAGAUUAAAACCGAGGACCUCAGUGACUCCCUGCAGCAGACCCUCCCCCACCGGCCAUGCCACCUGACCCAAGGGCCUGCCAUGAUGUCCGGAAACCAAAUGUCUGGGGUAAAUGCCCUCCCUGCUAUUCCCAAUAGGCCAGACAUGACUUCCCUUCAUCCACUCCAGCAGCUUGUGUUGGUUCCUGGCCACCUACAGUCUGUCUCCCAGUUCCUGCUAUCUCAGACCCAGCCUGGGCAGCAAGGUCUGCAGCCAAAUCUUCUCCCCUUUCCACAGCAACAAAGCUCUCUCCUCCUCCCGCAGACGGGGCCUGGCCUGGCCUCCCAGGCCGUUGGGCGCCCUGGGCUGCCAGGAUCCUCUUUAGAACCCCAUCUGGAGGCAUCUCAGCAUCUCCCAGUGCCCAAGCACCUACCCAACUCUGGAGGGGCUGAUGAACCCAGUGACCUGGAGGAGUUGGAGAAGUUUGCCAAGACCUUUAAGCAGCGGCGCAUUAAGCUGGGCUUCACACAGGGAGACGUGGGGCUGGCAAUGGGAAAGCUCUAUGGCAAUGACUUCAGCCAGACAACCAUCUCCAGAUUUGAGGCCCUCAACCUGAGCUUUAAGAACAUGUGCAAGCUGAAGCCACUGCUGGAGAAGUGGCUGAAUGACGCAGAAUCCUCUCCCUCAGACCCCUCGGUGAGCACCCCCAGCUCUUACCCCCCACUCAGUGAAGUGUUUGGAAGGAAGCGGAAGAAGCGGACCAGCAUUGAGACCAACAUUCGCCUGACUCUGGAAAAAAGAUUUCAAGAUAAUCCCAAACCCAGCUCAGAGGAAAUUUCCAUGAUUGCAGAGCAGUUGUCCAUGGAGAAGGAGGUGGUGAGGGUCUGGUUCUGCAACCGACGACAAAAGGAGAAGCGAAUCAACUGCCCUGUGGCCACACCCGUCAAAUCACCCAUCUAUAACUCCCGGCUGGUCUCUCCCUCUGGGUCUCUGGGCCCCCUGUCUGUCCCACCUGUCCACAGCACCAUGCCUGGAACAGUAACGUCAUCCUGUUCCCCUGGGAACAACAGCAGGCCUUCGUCUCCUGGCUCAGGACUCCAUGCCAGCAGCCCCACUGCAUCUCAAAAUAACUCCAAGGCAGCGGUGAACUCCCCCUCCAGUUUUAACUCUUCAGGACCUUGGUACCGAUGGAAUCAUCCCACCUACCUCCACUGA